AUGGCAAAAGACCCAUAUUCCCCUUAUCUCCACAGCACGAAUGUUGGCAAUAUCAUCACCAAGAACUAUUCUGUGGUCAUUUACAUGAUGUUCGAUGAUCACGCCAAGGCCAUUGUCAUGGAGUCGUCUGGUGGUAAAGGCAUGAAAAAACGGGCACAAGCGGUAAAGAACCGCUCCAUGUAUGUUGUGGAGGCCGGCCGUCUGCCGAAGUACAAGGAUAGUCCCAAGCCAGUAUUGGAGACGCACAAGAACUCACGCUUCCGCCCGCUACCAGGAACAUUUCUCGACCCGACCAAUACAAUCAAGAUCGCGUAUGACACUGAUUUUGUUCCUGCAGGAUACCUCACGAAUGUGAGCAAGGAGUAUCUGAUGGUGGAGAAGCUGAAGAUCACUGAUUCCUCCCUCUCUCGGAGUAUGCCCAACUAUCCUGCUGUACGACAGCACCUCAAUGCUGCACGUCAGGCCAAUGGCGAGGAUCUGUUGAACGGUUCGAACGCUGUAGAUACUUCAGUUGCCGCAUCGCGCGCUAGCUCGUGUACCAAGAUAUCUCGGGCUCAUAAGCAUAAAACCGGUUCGACCGCUGUUGCUCCAUCAUCUGCUGUAUCCGUUCCGAGCUUUGGGACCGAGCUACCCCGGGCUCUCAAGCGUAAAGGGUCCGAGACCGAGACCGAUCUGCGGUCGGACGCUCAUAAGUCAAAGCGCAGUCGCACGCAAAAGCCCUCUAAGCUCAGCCAGGUAUAG